AUGAGGCUUGCAGAGGAUACGCACCUGGACUUAGAAGAACUCCGCCCUACUGAGGCAUGCGAGCUCAUUGGCAACGUCAACAACGAAGUUCUCCGCGUUGCUGCAAGGGCAGGUCUCCUCAACUUUCAACACUUCAACACCGGACCCAACGGCACUCUUGGCCUCGCCCAAUUUGGGCUCAAGAAAGCGGCAACCUCGGAGGGUUUCAGAUCCUACCUGGAAGCCGUUGAGCACGGAGAAAAGAAGAGUGCUGAGUUAACCGCCAAGGCGAGAGAUCUCAUGUCCAAGAGUGAGAGUGGCUGGACAGAAAUGACAACAGAAAUGAUAACAAGCACCCGCAAGCCGCUUCUUGCUCUUUACAGCAAGUACGAGAACGGAAAGCUGUCUUCCUCGACCAACUUCAUGCUGGCCAAUGACCUACCAGGAAGACCUCGCCUGGCCAUGGCCCGGGGUCUCUUCAAGAUCGCCUUCAACUACUUUGACCUAUUCGAUCUCAGUAAGGAGAUUGUGGAGAACUCGAAGCUCCCAGCUAAGUAUGCGAGCCCUUCAGCAGCAGAGGAGGAAUUGAUUCGGUCUCUGGCAGCACACAAGGAAGUUUCCAGUGAGAUCGACACGCUCUUAGCAGCUAUAGACGAGGAGUAUUGA